CAACGUUGUUAUUGUAUGUUUGCGGAAUACGAUGGGCAAACAUGACGUGCGAUCAGUAACCUUGGCCUUCAACACUUCAUACAUAUCUAUUGUUUCGAGAGUGAUUGGCCCGAACAACAUCCGUUGUUUUGACAAAAUUUCAUUCACGCUCGUGUAAACCUACUGGGCUUUUCCAGAAUAACUUGUUGUGCCUCACAGUUACAUACACGCAAACAAGUCGAGACGUAGGACGAUCAUCACGAAAGUACAAAAAUUACCAAAUACGAUCAGCUAAGAUCAAUCGAUCAUCGCAGUAAUGUGUACAAGGGUUUUUAGUAACGGAUACAGGCCAAGUUCUCUGAAGGUUGAAAAGCAACAAGGUAGGCAAAGAUUGAAGUGAAUAUUAUAUUGUAUUCGUGUUUACUGAUGCCUCGCAAAAAUUGAGGAAAUCGUAUUAAUUAAAUUGCUUUUCAAAAAACGUAAAAUAACAAAUAAUAUUUACAAGUCUUCGUAACAAAUGCAGAGUCAUAAUCUGGGUCAUAGUUCAAGGCAUCGCUAUAUUCAUAUUCUGGGUAAUCUGAAACGUGCAAGGCAUCACUAUAUUAAUUCUGGUUAAUCUGAAACGUGCAUGCACAUUGCACAGUGUGGUUCAUUACGAAAAUGCCAAUUAUAUCUUAGACUUACUAUGGGAGUUGAAUUAUUAGUUGCAACUGCAAGUUCUACCAUGCAGGAUGGUACGACAGUAUAUACUAGAAAUUUUUCUCAAAAUCCUUUAUACCACGAUUCCAUGAAAAUAGUUUAAAACUCAUAGUUGGGGAUAGUAUGCAAGUCCGGUAACUUGUAAUUGCUAUAUUAUGGAUAUAGAUGAUCGAAAUAGUGUGAAUAUACUAACGGAUUUAAUGAAAUAAUUUCUAAAUACGAUUCCCACAGUAUGGAUUUGAUUAAUUUUCCAGUGUAUUCCAAUGUUCGAUUAAAAAAUGUCUAUUCCUAAAAUUAGCUCCAAUUAUAUACUGCCAGAAUUUAUAUGGGAAUAAGGUCGUGUCGCAUAACAUUGUUUUAUGAUUUAAUUAUUUUAAUAGGUAUGUCUAAGUGCCACAAUGCCAUUCAAAUAUCGGCAAUAUACAAACAAAAUGUUAUGACAAUUAAUCAGGAAUGUUCGGAAACACUUUAACAUGAAAGUAUUUUUAAAACACAAAGAGUGAAUUUAUAGCACAGAUUAUGACUGGGCUAUUCAUAUUUCGAACAAAAAUUUUGACGAUCUUUUCCAGUUCGAACUAGAACUUCGUGUUUUUCUAUUCGUGUGAUGGGUACUUCGAGAAUAUUACAGUUGUUAACUGUCAAUUAAAAUUAAGAUCACUGGUAUUAUAUUUGCAUUAAUUACUUAGAGAGGGCGUUGCCGCGUCAUAGAAUAAUUGUAAGCGAGAUCCAGCUCUUUUAACGUUCGGUAAUUCUUGCCUUAAGACAGAAAUAUGCUCUGAACUCUAUAACCUCAUGCCAAAGAGAGUAAUUUCACACAAACGUUUGUAGCGAAUAUUUCUUUCAUGUGGUUGAAUUUUGCCGUGUUUGUACAAAGAUGUUCCUGUUUGGCAUGGGCCCAUCUCGCUGUCAUGCCGCGGUUGAAAAAGAAAUUCCAAAAUGUUGGUUAAUAUAAAGCAUGUGCUGUCAUUACAAUGUAAUAUUAUUUGACAGAUAUUAUAAUGAACCAGUAAAUAGAUUUGUCAAAUGACAAUGUUAUGUCAGCUCUAACUAAGCUUCUAUAGUUAAACUGUAUUUUAUUAUGUAGAAAAAUGAACCAAAGCUGAUCAUUGUAUAUUGAUUAAUUAUUAUUAUAGAACUCGUGAUCAUGACUCGACAUUAUAAAAUUUAAUUUAAUCGAUGAUAUUAUUGCAUUCUUCAUUCUCGUAUUUUCCCACAGAUUACAUUUCGUGACUGCAGCGUAUGCAAAUGAAUACGCUCUCAAAACAAUCUCAUCAAAUUUGGCAAACACGAACAAUGAUAUUUGUAUCAGAAAUUCUUUCUCUUGAGAACCACAGUUCUUCGCGAAACUUUUGACCAAUAAGGAAUUGCUCUGGUGUGUUAAUUUGUUCUAAUGACUGUGUUCUAAUUAAUCGCUAUGACGUCGGACAUAUUUGGGUGAAAUGGUGUUUAUACAGGCUGGUGUUUAUAUGAAUUCGUACGUAAGCGAGGUCAACCACGAUUUCCGCUGUACCUCGCAGAACGUACCUUUAGUUGUAAACACUUAUGUCAGAAUAUUUUUAAAACAUUUUUACAUAUUUUAUGUAUGGACUGGAAGCAGAGAAAUAAAAAAUGUAUAAUUAGUUAAAGAGUUUUAUAGAACAUACUGUUUCAACUUGAGUUAUGAUGUCAUAUUACGUAAAUACAAUAAAUUCCUACGGAAGGUUGUGAUUGUAACUCGAUACCUUCGAUAAUCUUAUUAGUUCAUAGCAACCGUAAAUAAAAAUAAACACAUGUGCAACUUACUAUCACAACCACUGUGUAAUGUGACUUUAUUUGUUCCCACGAUUUCAAAGUCAAAAGUAUAUCAAGCAUAAAGUCACAAUGAUGACAUGUAGAUAAGUCAAUACACUUCUAAAGGUCUCUAUCAUUUACGUUAGAAGUCACCUGGACAAAAUCUGUACGAGCAGAACUGCAUUUUAUUAAAUGAUUAAAGUUUUGCGCGUACGAGGGUCAAAAUCAAAUCUAAAGUGCAGGUCAAAUUUUAAGCGUGGUUGUGUGUGGGUUCGCUUAUAAUCUAAAGUUUGCUAGCAACGAUGCGUGACGGUAUUAAACACGCGUGCAGAAUUGCAGGGAGUGUACAGUUACGGCACAGUACGACAGUAAGGUUUUAAUUCAGCAGUAAAGCUCACAAGUACAUGCCAGUUAGCAACAGAGCUUUCUAGUACAAACAUUGACAUUGACAUUACUACACAAGCUCGCCCCGAUGAUCAAUCUGCACUACAGAGUGCUACGACUCGCUCGUAAGAUAACCGGAUAGCAUUUUUUAACUUUCGUAAAAUGCGUCAAAAGCUGUGAAAUGGCGGAUAUGGAACGUACACAAUAUUUUUUUACAAAAUAAUUUAUAAAUACCACACUAAAUUGCUAUCUGGCUUUGGUAUACCACCUGAAAUUUACGAUAACACGAGUGCUUUAAAUGCACGUCACAAAAUAUAGACAUAGAAGGGAAGACAGGCAUCAUUAAUCCUGGCAGGAUAGAGUAUAUUAAAGACUGUAUAUAGGGAAUGUCCCGGCACUACACACAGUAUACGUAGGUAUCUGAGGAAAUACUUGGGAACCAACAGGAAAUGUUAAACUGACAAGCACGAAAGCAAGAAAUGUUCUAAAUUUCUUAAUUGCUACAUACAUAUAGUAACAUUUUUGUCAUCAAAGAUAACAAUAGAUGAAACAAAAUUACAAUGGCCAUGGUUUGGCAAAGAGUCGUGAAUAUCCAAGGACCUAUAUUGGGUGCAUCAGUGCAUGAAUAUUUUAGGUCGAUCACUAUGUGUCUGCUUCCACGAAAACUAAAUCGCUCAUUUUGCUUUUCUCUUAUUUUAAAUCAUAUAUCUUUUCACAGUUUGUAUAACUAGUUAACCAGGAAACUACUAUAACAUAUAUCUCAAUUCUAACAUAUAAAUUGCAUGUUUAAUUAACCAGUUAUUGCUUGUAGCAAAGUUGUAGCAAUCUUUUUAAAGACUAAUCUUAAUUAUAAUUGUAGAUAAAUGAGUCUGUUUUCGAAUCAGUGUUGAAGAACGAAUACAAUAAAAUUACACUAAAGACAGUAUUGUAACAAGCAUAAAACAAUUGAAACAUGUGUUGCGACAUAUGGACGCUCUACACACUCGCCUACAUGGUAAUUAGGAAAUCAGAAUCGCAUUCCUUGGUUUGUUUGUGCUAAUCCGCUUUAUUCUAAUUAAUUAUCUCAAGUAUUGUUGCAUUUUUGUAUGAUAUACGUCAAUGAGCUAGCUUCAGAGUAACAUGUCAUCAGAACAAUAUUAUUUGUGGGAAAUUUCAAGGUUUUAAUGAAUUAUGACCGACUUGGGUUGGGUAAAUAUACUCAACAAUAUUCCAAAUAAAGCAAUCUGCUAUUGUCCUGCGGUUAGAUUUCGUAUUUGUUCCCAGCGAAUAACAAUUAUCGGGAAUGUAAUAGGGGAAAUUGUCAUUCUAAAGUGUUCCGCUUUUCUUGUUGUUUGUACAUACCGCAUAAACUCGUGAUACGCCAACACCCUGUCACCCACGCAUUCAAAGAAAUGCUGACUACAAGACCUUGCUCCAUAGUAAGGUCAUACAGACACUAGCCACAGAGCGAGUUACAACCAAGACGUGCCAUAAAACUCGUUGUACGUACAACCAACGAGCAGCUCUGUGUUAUACACAUAGAACAUUGAAUCUACAAGAUAUCAAGGGAUUACUGUUAGUGAUUUAUACUAUAUUGUUGAUAGAACUACACGCAAAUUAUGAAAUCCGAAGUGUUAUUAUUAAAUAAUAAAGGUAAGUUGGUUUCAGCGAGUUGAAGACAGUUUAAAGUCCAAUCGUGUUCCGACGAUGUUAUUCCGGUUCACGAGAUGUAGUUUAGAUAUAAGUUUAUCGUCUAUUCUGUGUAUUCUAUAUCUUGAAAUGAAAUACAUGUAUGGUUCGAUCCAGAAGGGUAAAUUAUUUCAAACUAUUUCAGGAUGCAAAAUAUGGGAAUUUAAGCAUUUCUAGUUGAGUUCAAUCAUAUUUGAACACAUACUAAAAUCGGUAACAGGAUGUAAAAUUUAGGCAUUUAGGCAGACGUUAAGUAACCAUGAAAUUUAAUAAAGUUGAAGUUCGUUUGUCAAUCAUAACUUCGUGUGAAAAUUCACAGGGGUCGGCUCACGGAUUUCACCACCUUGACGAAAAUAGUUUAUAUAAAGAUAUAAAUGAACUUUCACCGUUUCACGAAUAAGUAAAUAUUUUGCUAUGAGUUUAGAGAAAUGACAAGCUCCAAUAAUUCUGUAAGACUCUUUUAGACGUUUUCUACUCAGCCUGCUUAACACAGAAGCUACUUAUAGUUAGUGAGUGCCAUUGAGUCACUGACGUAUGUAGACUGUUCGACUAUAAUUUGUGCUCAUCUAGUGAUGUUGUAUAAAUGAUGUUUACGGACUUUACGCAAAGACUCGCGGCUCGCUCGUGAUGGUUCGGGAAUGUUCGUCCUUAAACUUCGAGAGUCGACCAGAUGCGACGCGAACGCGACAGUGCACGGCGAAUUACGACAGAAUACUUCGUGAAGACAAACAUGUUGUAAUUAUGCAUGUGAUUAUUACCGCACGUUAUAAAUGCGCGUGUGAUCAUUGCGUGUAUCUUCAAUCGGGUAACGAGACGCCACUUGACCAUGUAAUACGAAUCGUAAUGUAACAUUAGUUGAUUCGGUGUAUACAGGUAUAUAAACAUUGAAGGUCGCACUUCAGACAGCAUUGUUUACAGCUGAUCUAUUAUUGUCUACAAGCGAUAAGCCUACAAAUUACUAGCGAAAACCUUUGCAUAAGUUUUACAGGGACCGGCUCAAAAAGGUAUUUAAUGCUACAUCUAUUGAAUAGUAAUUGUCAUAUAACAUAUUAUAUUCUUUUAAAUGACAAGUCUAGUGUCUUGUAAUUUUCGACUACCAGUAAUCGUAUUUUAGAUGUAUCUAAAGGUCUCAAGGAGAACGAUAGCUUGUAGCUGUAGAAAUUAAUGUUGAUUUUUAAACAAUAUUUGCGUGCGCGCAAGCAAGUAAUAUCAUAACUUCUUCCAUCAUCAACAAUUGGCGCGUUUUAAUUGACGAAGUUCUGUUGCUGUCUACAUGUAGCAGAAUACUUUACUAUGGUAAGGAUGAAGCCUUGCGCAAAUGUUAGUUUUGUACUGUAGACACAAAAUUGUACCACACCACUUAUAUAGUGUACACAGUGUACACAGUGUCAUGUACAUUGCAGCUUUGAGAAUUGCCUUACACUGUGAAGCGACGCAUUGUCCUAGAUCAUUACAAUAUAAACAAAUAGCGACUAGCCUAUAUAUUUGCGCAGAUAUUUACAAAUGUAUAUCGAGUGUAGACGGAAAAAGUCUAAAUGCAUAAUGUAAUACGUGUGAGGUUAAUUUUAACGAAUACACAUUGUCACUUUUAAUACUUGGAAAAUAAUAAAACACUCAUAAAGACAUCUAAAGUUUAGUUGUUUUUCAACAAAGUGAAAAUGAAUGUUUUCAACAAGAAACAUACACAGAGGAAGUUUAAACUAGAAGUACCCACGUGCAAUAUAAGCGCGAGACAAUUCACACUUCCGUCCUUGUCACUGUUCCUUUAAGGAAGGAAAAUUAUGUUCCAUGCUACACGCGAUUGAUGCGUUUCGCAUAUAUAUACAUUAUAUACAUUAUAAAUGAAGAACUGAACGAAAACAUAGACAAAGUGUUAAUACAUGAUUUUUUAUAUUUCAGGCGCAAAUAUUAAAGCUAUUUGACAUCGGUUUCGUCAAAGCACGACUCGACCUUGACACUUUGAUUUCUAACGUCAAUGUCUCGAGUGCAUUUUCCGCAUUUUCAACAUUUUAUGCAUUUUAACUGAUCAUAAGCACGUUUAACGGCAAUUAAAAAAUAUAUCGUAUUUUUAAUUGAGCGAUACAUUUACGAAUUUUGUAAUACUGCUUUGGUCGAUAGGAAUAGAAACGGUUAUCCCUCGGCAACAGUUCGCAAACUAUAUUCAGUAUGAAUGUUCCCUAAUUAGCAUUUAAGUCUUAUUAGUUUAAUUGUAUUGGACGAUUAACGCACACAUUACGUAACAAGACACUUACUAAUGUGUCAAAAACCAACGAACUUCUACGUGUGGCAAAUUAUGAGGCAAAUUGUAUUUGAAGUGAACUAAGUUGAACUUCUAUGUACGUUCAAUUUAGUUUACUUUAAUUACAACUUCCCGGGAACAUAUACCACGUGUUUAACUAUAUAUAGCCAUACGUCUUUGCGGAUAAGAUUGCUACUUUCUAGUUAGAUUGAAGUUAAUUCAGUUUAGUUUUCAGUUAUCAAGUUACUUUUUCGUUUCAGUUCUAGUUUUAGCUAAUUGAUAAGAAAGGAAAUUACAUCUUUUUUUUAAGAUGCUUAAAUUAGUUUCUUAAGCAUCCGUUGACGCUAUAACGAAAUUACAAUGACGAAGUUCUUUGUUCUAUUUCCUGGAAAAAAAACAGUUAGACUGGAAUAAUUAAGGACCCUUUCGACCCUUUGAGAUCAAUCCAAUUCUUCAUAGUUUAGGGAUGACAACUGUGGUGAAUAUUAUUAUCAAUGAACUGUACAUUCCAGGAAUAGAACUCUGAUAAAAGGUGAAAUGUGCCUAUGGUAUAGAACCUGUUUGAGUAAGAAUAAAACCUAAAGUUUACACUCUUAUUAUUUCAGAAAAUAAAGCAACUUUGAACGAGAACAUGGCAGGAGUACGAGAAUAUAUCUGCCUUCAUUUUGGCUCUGAAGAAGCUCGCACAACAAUGGCAGAGUUGGAAAAAUGGAGUCAAGACAAGGAUCCUCAACCUUGUUACAUUAACAUCCUUCGUCGUCUUUUCCCGGACAUUAAACCCAAAGUGCUACAGCUCUUGUUAGCAGCGUGUGAUAGUGACCUAAUAAAGACUGUUGAGACAAUACUACCAUGUUGUAAAAAGAUGAAAACGAACGGACAAAUAACAUACAUGAAAGCAACAUCACCACCAACCAAACUGAUGAUGUUAUCAAGAGCACACAAAUUCCCAACGCGAUUAAUGGACAAACGGGACAUGCUAAGGUACACGCCUUAUCCAAUGGAUAGAACUUUUGGACGGUUCCCUAGUAUAUUUGUACCACCGUAUGCCCACGCACCCGUACCAACCAAUGAUAACUGUGGGUUAUGCAUACCCAGCUUUGUUCCACCUUACUAUAUCUCCAAGGGUUCACCCGAUGAUGUCUUAUCGAGAAGCCGAACCGGGUUCCCAUAUUACACGACACCCAAGUAUAACUUUGCUGAAUGUAAAACAGUUACAUCACAACCUAAAGUGGAACUUGACGACACUCGAACAUCAGUGGCCGCAACACUCAUUUCGCUGAGCAACUCUUAAAUACUCAAACCUUCUCGCCAUUUUACUCUGUCAUAGUUUCUUGACCAAAGUAUGCUUUGAUGAAUGUGUCAAGUGAACUUCGUUCAAAACUUGACUACACUAUCAAUAAAAGUUUCUUUCACCAAAGUAUAUUUUUUAAUCAAAGUGUGUGUCAGUAUAAACAUCUGUCAAAGACACAAUUUUAAGUCUUUGUGUUAAAGUCAUUUUGACAAAAUUUGUAUGACUGAAUAUUUCCUUGAGAAACAUGUAUAAUCAAACUACUGAAUCACAUUAGUCAAAGCACACUUUGUUCAAAGCAACAUUAACUGAGUGAAUCAGCCUUAAGACUUUAACUUGAACAAUUCUGAGCUGGCCGGAGCCUCUUUGAAUUGCUCUGUACCACAACAAGUUGUCCCAGACCUCUCUGAGGUUCCUGUGCCUUUUUAAGCAUCUCAAAUGAACUUAAAGAAACAACAAACAUUUCAAACAAUCAACAUACAUUCACAAAUUAUCAUAGAAAAGAGAAACUCUUUAGAUUAUGUAUAUUCUAGACAACUGCAUUAGUAUGCAGGUAAUUUAUUAUAGAUUAAGAUAAUUUUGUACCAUGCAGGCCAAUACUGCAUGUAAAUAUUACACAAUUGUAAAACAUUGAUGUAUUGAACUCUCAAAAGAAGGAACAUUAUAAUUCUACAAAUCAAACCACUCAUUCUUUCUCAAUCUGUCAAUAAACAAAAUGCAUAUUUUCCAGAAUUUUCCAAUGCACACUUAUUCAGUAUAUUCUGACAUUAUCCUAAUAUUAAUGCAACCUUAUAAGGCCACAUUAAACAAUUUGUGGGGUUAUAUUGUUACAGAUUUUGGAGAGUUCAAACAAUAGAUUUUUGGCCUUAAAAGGCAUUUGCAUUACUUUGUAAAAAAAGCAGCUACUGUGAUGCAAUCAUACAUAUAACCUAUAAAGGUAGUUCCAGUAUGUUGUAGAUCUAUUUAAAAAAGGUCAUCAAUUUAAAAUUCUGCUAUGUGUGUUCUUAAAAGUACAAACAUCAUUUAUUUGUAACAUGAAACCCAAAGGACAAAUAAAUGGAUGAAUUUUAUAAUUGGUUGUUCACUUUUAUAAAAUGGUCUACAACUAUACCAUGUGUUUUGACUUAGUGUGUACUUCAAACUCAUGUUUUAUUAAGGAACAUAAAUUUAUGACAAAAUGUAAUAUGUUUAGAUAUAAAUCUGCAUAUUUUUCAUAGAUUUUUAUUUUUAAAAUGUGAUUGUUAGAAGUACACCCUUAAAACUUUGCUUGGUUAACUUAGGAUUUGCAAAAUAUAUUUGCAAAACAGCCAUGUUGCACUUAGUUGUAAUUUUAUGUACAUUGGUUAGGGAAUAUUUAUACGUCAAAGCUGAAUUUUGUAAUUUAAGACAAUCAAUAAUAAAGUGUUUUAGUUAAAACUGUGUUGUUUUGUGUGUAUCACAUUCAUUUAGUUGGUA